AUGCAGCUCCCCAUGCUGCUGCUCCUUUACCUGCCACUGCUUCUUAGCAUGCUCAACAAAGUUGGAGCUCAGUUCCCUCGCCAGUGUGCUACCGUUGAGUCUCUGAGGAGUGGCAUGUGCUGCCCAGACUAUUUUCCUGUAUUUGGGCCUGGUACCGAUCGGUGUGGUGUGUCUACAGGGAGGGGACGGUGUGUGCAGGUGACUGUAGACUGGCGACCCCAUGGCCCACAGUACAUCCAUGAUGGGAGGGAUGACCGCGAGCAAUGGCCCAUACGCUUCUUCAACCAGACCUGCAGGUGCAGUGGUAACUUCUCUGGUUAUAACUGUGGGUCAUGUCGCCCUGGAUGGAGUGGACCUACCUGUAGCCAACGAAUCAAUAUAGUCAGGAGGAAUCUUUUGGAUCUGAAUGCAGAAGAGAGGAGGCGUUUUGUGAAUGCCUUGCACCAAGCCAAGGUGACAAUCCACCCUGACAUUGUUAUUGCCACAAGGAGACGUGAAGAAAUAUUUGGACCAGAUGGAAACACACCACAGUUUGAGAAUAUCUCCAUUUAUAACUACUUUGUGUGGGCUCAUUAUUAUUCUGUCAGGAAGACUUUUCUUGGGACUGGGCAGCAGAGUUUUGGAGGAGUUGAUUUCUCUCAUGAGGGACCAGCUUUUGUUACAUGGCAUAGGUACCAUCUACUGCAGCUUGAAAGAGACAUGCAGAAUAUGUUACAGGACCCCACUUUUGGCCUUCCCUACUGGAACUUUGCAACAGGGCAAAACACCUGUGAUAUCUGCUUAGAUGACUUGAUGGGAGCUAGAAGCAAUUUUGAUGUCUCUCUGAUCAGUCAGAAUUCAAUCUUCUCUCAGUGGCGUGUGCUCUGUGAAAGUAUAGAAGACUAUGAGACCUUGGGAACCAUCUGUAACAGCACUGAAGGUGGUCCCAUCCGGAGGAAUCCUGCUGGAAAUGUUGCACGGCCUAUGGUACAACGUCUCCCAGAACCUGAGGAUGUUGCUCAGUGUUUGGAAGUUGGUGUAUUCGAUACUCCUCCUUUCUACUCUAAUUCAACAGACAGUUUCCGUAACACAGUAGAAGGGUACAGUGAUCCUUCAGGGAAAUAUGACCCAGCAGUUCGAAGUCUUCACAACUUGGCUCAUCUAUUUUUGAAUGGGACAGGAGGACAAACUCAUUUAUCACCAAAUGAUCCCAUUUUUGUCCUUCUGCACACAUUUACAGAUGCUGUUUUUGAUGAGUGGCUGAGAAGGUAUUCUGCUGAUACCUCAACAUAUCCAUUGGAGAAUGCCCCUAUUGGACACAACAGGCAAUACAACAUGGUGCCUUUUUGGCCUCCAGUAACCAAUAAUGAAAUGUUUGUUACUGCACCAGAAAACCUGGGAUACAGCUAUGAGGUUGAGUGGCCAGGUCGGGCUCUCCGUGUAACAGAGAUGAUAACUGUUGCAAUAGUGACUGCAUUGGUUCUUGUUGCAAUUAUCUUUGCUGCUGCUGCAUGUAUUGUACGUGUCAAGAAAAAUAAGGAUGAGUUGCAUCAGCCUCUUCUCACUGAUCAGUAUCAACACUAUUCAGAUGACUAUGAUGGCAUAGCAACACCAAGCCAGUCUGUUGUAUGA